CAAUAAUCCCAUCGUGUGCUCUCUCUGCAUCCAGCAAUGCUUCUCUCACAUUCAACUUCUUCCUAAACCCCCCUUCUCUACAUGGCCUUCGCAGCAGGGCGCAUCUGCGCUCGCUGCAGCCAUCCCUUCCUAUCGCCACGCCCUUCUCCUCCCCCACAACUGCGGCCACAGCGCCGUGCGUUCUCGCAAUCCGGCUUCCGCACGGCUUUUGCGCCACCAACACCUGCAUCCCUCGGAAAAGCUGUACCGGCAAAACAGUUCAAGCGGACGAAGAAGUGGUUACGGAGGCUGGCAUACGUUUCGUUGUUCGGGGCCUUAGCAUACGUUGUGGACAAGAAAUACUAUGCAUCGAGUCUCACACGAUGCACGCGGACCUUCGCACUGGGUUUGACGGCCGCGCUGGAUUACAAGAUCAACUUCCGCGAAAAUCCGCCCUUUGCCGAGGAUGUCGGGGAGGUGCACGCAAGGAAUGCGGCGAAGUUGUUCCACCUCUUGCGCACGAAUGGCGGGCUGUACUUGAAGAUUGGUCAGGCCAUCGCCAUGCAGACAGCCAUUCUACCACCGGAGUUCCAGAAGAUGUUCGCCAAGAUGUUUGAUGACGCUCCGCAGAAUGACUGGGCUCAGGUGCGGCAGGUCAUCAUGGAGGAUUUUGGUGGCAGAACCCCCGAAGAAGUCUUUGGGAUCUCGUUUGACGGGGAUCCGGAGGCUGGGGUUAUGGAGAGGAAAGCCCGUGCAAGUGCCAGCGUGGCGCAGGUCCAUUGGGCGAGGUUGAAAGACGGGCGUGAGGUUGCCAUCAAAAUCCAGAAGCAAGAAAUCGCGCAGCAGGUAGGGUGGGAUCUGUGGGCGUUCAAGGUCGUCACAAAAAUCUACACGUGGUGGUUCGACAUCCCCUUGUACACUCUUGUUCCAUACAUCACGGAACGAUUACUGCUCGAAUGCGACUUCCAGAAUGAAGCGCAAAACUCGAAAAGAAUGGCAGAGUUUGUCAAGGGGGAGCCUCGACUGCGAGAUAGGGUCUAUAUCCCGAAAGUCUACGACGACCUUACCACGACACGCGUCAUGACGGCCGAAUGGAUUGAGGGUGUCAGACUGUGGGAUAAAGACGCUCUUACUCGGCCGUGGAAAGGCGGCUGGAGAACAGGAAGCCCAGGUUGUCAUGGCACACCUCUCGACCCGCCUCAAACUCCUAUCACGACUUUACAACAACGUGCUCGCUCGUACGAUGAAGAGCUCAAGCCUGACAGGAACUACUGGCGUGGAAAGGACGGCAAAGGCGGUCUCGGCCUCAACUUGAAAGAAGUCAUGACCACCAUGGUCGACCUGUUCUCCGCGCAGAUGUUUCUCUGGGGCUAUGUCCAUUGCGACCCUCACCCAGGCAACAUCUUUGUCCGCCGGCUGCCUAAUGGACGCUCCGAACUCGUCCUGAUCGACCACGGUCUGUACAUCCACAUGUCUCCGAAAUUCCGCCACCAGUACUCACUCUUCUGGAAAUCGCUGAUGACAUUCGACAACAAGACACUCAAAGAAGUCGUGAGCAGUUGGGGCGUCAACAACGCCGAGAUCUUUGCGUCGGCGACCCUCAUGCGGCCGUACGAAGGUGGCGACCACACUGUGGCGAACCGCAUCAAGGGCAUUAGCGAAGCUGAGAAGAAGAAGAGACAGUUCGAGAUGCAGCAGGCCAUGCGCAAGGGGAUCAAGGAGAUCUUGGGCGAUGAGGAGAAAUGGCCGCGCGAACUGAUCUUCAUUGGAAGAAAUAUGAGAAUUGUCCAGGGGAAUAACCAGUAUCUCGGCAGUCCGGUGAACCGUAUCAAGAUCACAGGGAACUGGGCUAGCCGGGCGCUCGCCGAGGACAGGGACCUCAGCUUCAGUGAGCGGUGGAAGAAUUUCGGGAGUCAUUUGAUAUUUAAGAUCGUCCUGUUGGCGACAGAUGCGUACUUUUGGUAUAGUAAGUUCAAGCAAGCGCUGGGACGGGGGAAGGGCAUGGAUGACGAUAUGGAGCAGCAGAUGAGGAGGAUGGCCAAGGACUAUGGGAUUGAGAUGAACCAUAGUGUCUUUGAGGGGUGAACGGUAUCUGGCAUAGAAUGAACAUACGCAUGGCUGGCCGCAUGAUGUACAUAUAGAUAGACUCGCAUGGCUGGACGUCUCAUGAUAGAGCGUGCAAGAUUGGGAGCACCGCGUCAAUGCGCGGAAUGGGAAUAUCCACUCGUCUGC